GCCGCUGCGAGGGGAAGGCGGAGACUCAAGGCCGCGGCUGGGCGCGGGCGGGCGCGGCGCGGCCCCGGCCCCGGAGGAUGCUGAGCCCCUGCCCGCUCCGGCCCCGAGCACAUGAUGGCGAUACGGGAGCUCAAAGUGUGUCUUCUCGGGGACACCGGGGUUGGGAAAUCAAGCAUUGUGUGUCGAUUUGUCCAGGAUCACUUUGACCACAACAUCAGCCCGACCAUUGGGGCAUCUUUUAUGACCAAAACUGUGCCUUGUGGAAAUGAACUUCAUAAGUUCCUCAUCUGGGACACUGCUGGGCAGGAACGGUUUCAUUCACUGGCUCCCAUGUACUACCGUGGAUCUGCUGCAGCUGUCAUAGUAUAUGAUAUUACCAAACAGGAUUCAUUUCAUACCCUGAAGAAAUGGGUGAAAGAACUGAAGGAGCACGGUCCAGAAAACAUUGUAAUGGCUAUUGCUGGAAACAAGUGUGAUCUCUCAGAUAUUAGGGAAGUUCCCUUGAAGGAUGCUAAGGAAUAUGCUGAAUCCAUAGGUGCUGUUGUGGUUGAAACAAGUGCAAAAAAUGCUAUUAAUAUCGAAGAGCUCUUUCAAGGAAUCAGUCGCCAGAUCCCACCUUUGGACCCCCAUGAAAAUGGAAACAAUGGAGCAAUCAAACUGGGGAAGCCACCCACGCCAGCCAGCCGGCGGUGCUGCUGACCUGUGGCCCAGGGUCCACUGAACCUGAAGAAGCCAGAGCCGACCUCCUAUUCUCAGCAGCCUGGCCCCCAGCGUGGGGAGAAGUGAGACGCUGGCUUGGCUUCCUGGAAGACCUGCAGCGACGGGGCAGGAACUGUCCCUGGAAAAAACUCCAGAAAAAUCUGCCAUGCUGCCACCAAAUGGCCUUUGGGGCGUGAAAUGCACGUGGGAGGGAACAUGUUAGGUAAUAAGUAUAGUUGAGUCUUUUGUUGUUGUUGUUAAAAAUCCGAAAAUAUUCUUAUAUUUGUACAGCAGUCUCACUGGCUUAUCUGUGUGUGUGAGAUUCUAAAGUGGCAUUCCACUCUGAUUUCCUGCGUUCCCAGCCCAAUUUCAGCAAGUGCUCCAGUGCCACUGCCUCUGUUACCUGACCAGCCUUCACUGAAAGGUUCAUUUAAUUUAACUUAAUUUACCUUUCAGCGGAGCGUAAUUGGAUCAUCACUCAAGCUAGAGACUUGAGCCAUCGUGAAAGUGGAGAAAGAUGUAUUAGAAACUGUUUUCUACAUCUCUGACUUUUACUUUAUGCCUGUCUUUCUAAGUUUUAGUUACACAUAAACAAGCAAACCAAAUCUGACUAAAAUAUUUCAUGCAGCUUUGGGGUUGGGAGGCCUAGUUUGAAGGAGUCAUUUAAGUACUGUGUAAAUGGUGACAGAUGUAGGAUAUAAAUAUUUUUCCAGAGACUGCCUGGUAUGCAUCAUCUCCACAGUAAUAAAUUCCUCCUCUCUUACAGAGGGUUAAUUCACAGAGUAGGAUUUUACUAAGACAGUAUGUCACGGUGUCAUAUCCAGGGGGAAAAUUAACCAGAGGAUGUUUGAGUCUAAAUCAUAGGGCAAACUUCUAAUAACAUCAAUCGAUAGGUUAUGGGAAAGCCAGCCAAAGGAAGCACCAGCACCCUAAGAUGCAAGACCCCAAAAUUACAAGAUUGGAGAAAGCGUUGGGUAGGUGGGCAUUGUAACUCACCAGAGGUCCAACCCUGGAAAUGCCAGUUAGCUGAGAGUAGGCUUUCACAAAACCUUCCCUUCUAGAUUACCUGUCUGCUCAAUUAAUUAAAGAUGUCUGAAUCCAAUGGAAAGAAAAGGAAGGGAGGCAUGGAAAGGAAGAAGAGCUAUUUCCAUUGGAAAUCCAGAUCUUACCAUUCUAACUUCCAUAAAUACCUGAGAUCAAGAAGCAGUUGGUUUCCUCUUAGGGCUUAUAUUGGGAGGAAAUUCUUAAAGGCUGUUUGGAUCUGUGCCUUUGGUGGGGACUCAGAAACCAUAAAGAAUGGCCGGCUUCAGGAAUGGUUAAUCAGGCAGCAUGGCAACAGGGCCAGCCGGUACCUUUUUUGCUAAUUCAAGGCCCAGCAAACAUUAAUAGAAAACCUAUAACAUAAAAGCCAAGAAAGAGAUUGUGAGCUGACGAAAGACCUCAAACCUCCAGUGACUCCGUGUGAGCUGGUACUUCAGAGGCCUGUCAUGGCUGUGCCCACCCUACUCUUGAUGGAGACACUGAAAUCGCCAUCAACAAAGAACAAGUCUCCUUGGGAGAGUCACAGCCAAGUUUACACCAAUUUAUGUGGACUGCAAUCAAGAAAACAGGUGGAAAUCACAGAUUUAGGUUUUUUUUUUUCUAGAAAAACCCAAGAAUAUGCUGUCAAUUGGAUAUUGCAACUGCUUCACUCAGCUUGCAAGAAUAGCUUGACAAUCUUAGGAUGUGCAGGCUAGAAAUACUUAUUUUUGGUUCAAGAGUGCUUCUUAGCUCUCUGAGACAGGCGCUCAAAAACUGCUAGCAAGUGGCAUUUAGAUGUCUUGGCGGGGCCUUUGCUGGGCUUUUUAGGAUUUUCUCCACGUUGUCAACUUUACUAGCAGCCAGCAUGAUUCUGCUUGCGGGCCAAGUGAUUAUCAUGCUUCUUUCAAAAGUUAGAAAAUUGAGGUUGCUAUUUGAAUGACCUCUUUCCCGGGGACAUGCAGGCUUGUUGUAAAACCUCUCCUCAUCCAGCUGUCCCCAAGAACCUGAGUCUCUCUCUAAACAGCUGCUCAAGUUGUCUAGCUCAGGCUGUCCACGUCCCAGAGAGGUUCACAGUCUUUGCCUGGGUCUUUAGUGGUUGCAUCUUGCAUGAAAGAGCUAAUGUUAAUCAUAUGUAGAGAGCAACCCAUCAAUGAGCCCAUGGUCUUAUUUCAGAAGCACAUUGAGGGUGAGAACCACUCUUUUACCUUUCCAUACUGCCUUAACUCUUCCAGCCAGUCAGAUGACAAUAUAUAUUUAUAUAUAAUCACUACUCAGAGCAGUUGGUGAAGAGUACACAGCCCUUGGGCACACAUCAUUCGUAUAAACAUGGAGUCUCCUCUGAAGAUAGAUACUCGAGCCUUGUCCACAGUGAAGCUCUCUAAUUUCCUUUGUUUUGCUUUGCAAUUACUUUCUGGCUGUUCUGAUCAUUGAACUAUAAGCACGUAAUAUCAUGGAAAAGCCUGGAAAUUACGAUUGCUCCAAAAUGUCAAGUGGUUUCUUGGGAUGUAAAUCCUUCCCAUAAUUUCCCAAACUUUCCCUUUCCCCCUCUGUUUUCUUUCCUUUCACGUGCAUGUAUAUGUGUAAAUAUAAUUUUGUAUGUGUGACACCGACAUGUGACCCAUUUCACUGGCUGAGUCUGGCUCGAGCCUGUGUGUUGCACAGUGUAAGGCCUGGGUUCUCAUAGGGCUUGUUUCCCCGUGGGAAUCCCUGAGGUGGUGCUGGAGCCAUGCGCACAUUUUAGGGAGGUACAUAAUUAACUUGCCAUUUUAUACUUGAAAUGGUACAUCAGGGUACUUAGAUGACGUUACCUUGCAGACUAUAGAAGGUUAAAGACCUAAAACUAACUUUUGGCCAGCGGAAGGGCUGGCCCCAAUGAGAACUGAAUUCAUUUCCCGAGGGAGGUUUGGGUGACAGAGGUAUUUCCUUUGCGGGCAGGGAAUAUGCCGGACGAUGGCUGAAGCUGAGCUCUUCCUAGGGGACCCCACUCCGUGCAGUGCUCGCAGCCAGUUGAAUUACAAGCCAGUUUAUCAACCAAAGGGCUCGGAGCUAUAUUCAGAUCCAUUGGGCAUCUAGUCUACUUUUUCAGCCACCAUUGUUGAAAGCAGACCCAGUGAUCCAGUGUCAGUGCUCUAUUGUGUAAACCAUUCCUUUUUCUCAUGUUUCUAUAAAGGGCUUGUGUCUGGGCUGGACCCAGUUCUCACUUAUAGAAGACGCUGCUGCAGACAGUUAGGACCUUUCCAUCUUGUAUUCGCUAGUAAGGCACCGCCCUCAACAUCACUCAAUUGUAUGUUAUUUUGGGUUUAACACACACUGAUUCAUACUAAUAAAUAUUGUAAAUUUUA